AUGUGUGCAAGACAUGUUUAUGCCAACUGGAAAGAGAAAUAUGGUGGAGCAGAAUACGAGGACAUGUUCUGGCCUGCUGCAGACUCUUACUAUCCACAACAAUUUGAUAGAAAGAUGCAAGAGCUGAAAGAGUAUGAUCCUGCUGCCUUUAAAGACUUGAAGAUUUCUCUUUUUUUUCCAUGGUCAAGGGCUUAUUUUACAGAGUUCUCAAAGUGCGCUGCUGUAGAAAAUAAUCUUGGAGAGUCAUUCAAUGCAGCAAUCCAUAUAGCAAGAACUAAACCGGUUGUUGAGAUGCUGGAAGAAAUAAGAAAAAGGGUUAUGGUUGGCUAUUUUAACUACAAAACUAAUAUGCGAAUUGAAGGUUUUGUGGUGCAUAUGCAAGGUGAGAUCAAAUGCAGCUAUAGAAUGUAUAUGGUCAGUGGGAUCCCAUGUAGCCACAUUGUUUCUUGUCUUAGACAUGAGAAGAAUACUGACCAAGAUCCUAAGAAGAUGAUUUCUCCAUGGUUCACCGCUCAGAAGUUGAAGACUUGUUAUGCUGAUGGACUUUGUGGUGUGAAUGGAAUGAAUCUAUGGGAGGUGACUACAACAGUCAGGGUCUUGCCACCUCCUUACAAGAUGCCUGGUGGAAGACCUCCAGAGAAGAAGAGAAAGAGGGAGAAGGGUGAACCAAGGGAAGGGACCAAGCUUUCUAAAAAAGGAACCAAAAUUCAUUGUAGCUUGUGUGGACAAGAAGGCCACAACAAGUUGAAAUGCAAGAAUGGACCAAUGCCUAAGCUGCCAAAGAAAGCACCAGGUAGACCAAGAAAGACAUCUACUGCAAAAACACCAUUUGCAUCAACCUCUACUUCUGAGCGUCCAAGAAGAUCUCGGAAAAGUCAGCCUUAUGGGCCCAUGUAUCUACCAAUAGAAGGUUAUGGUCUAUUCACCAGUCCUGUAACUGGUGACGACUAUAUUCAGGUAGGGAGGGAAUCAUAUAUUUAUGAUUCAAGCAGCAACAAAGCAACCACUGCUGCUAAGAAACUUACUUUGGUCCCUUUGAUUUUCCUUAUUUACUUUGAGGUCGCUGGUGGUCCUUUUGGUGAAGAACCGGCUGUUCAAGCGGCUGGACCACUUCUAGCUAUUCUCGGUUUCCUCAUCUUCCCUUUCAUUUGGAGUGUCCCUGAGGCUCUUAUCACCGCUGAACUCUCCACUGCCUUCCCUGGCAACGGAGGGUUUGUGAUAUGGGCACAUCGGGCUUUUGGCUCUUUCGUUGGCUCUAUGAUGGGUUCGUUGAAGUUCCUGAGUGGUGUGAUCAACGUUGCUUCGUUUCCAGUCCUCUGUGUCACUUACUUGGAUAAGCUAUUCCCUGUUCUUGAAUCCGGAUGGCCUCGGAACGUUUGCAUAUUCGCUUCAACGGUGGUCUUAUCUUUCCUUAACUAUACUGGUUUAGCCAUUGUGGGUUACACAGCUGUUGUUCUUGGUUUAGUGUCUCUCUCGCCUUUCCUUGUCAUGUCAGCUAUGGCAAUCCCUAAGAUCAAACCUCACCGUUGGGGUAGCUUAGGAGACAAGAAAAAGGAUUGGAAUCUCUACUUCAACACACUCUUUUGGAACUUGAAUUUUUGGGACAAUGUUAGUACUCUUGCAGGGGAAGUGGAUAAGCCUCAAAAGACAUUCCCGUUGGCGCUUCUUAUCGCUGUGAUCUUCACUUGUAUAGCUUACUUGAUUCCUCUUUUCGCUGUCACGGGUGCGGUCUCAGUAGACCAGAGCAGAUGGGAGACAGGGUUCCACGCUGAAGCAGCUGAGAUGAUUGCAGGAAAAUGGCUUAAAAUAUGGAUUGAGAUUGGCGCUGUCUUAUCAAGUAUAGGACUUUUUGAAGCUCAGUUAAGCAGUAGUGCUUAUCAGCUGGAGGGUAUGGCAGAACUAGGGUUCUUGCCUAAAUUCUUUGGUGUACGAUCGAAAUGGUUCAACACUCCUUGGCUCGGGAUUCUACUCUCAGCUCUCAUGUCUCUCGGGUUAUCCUACUUGGACUUCACCGAUAUCAUAUCCGCAGCAAAUUUCUUGUACACUUUAGGGAUGUUUCUAGAGUUUGCAUCUUUCAUUUGGUUAAGAAAAAAACUACCUGAGCUAAAGAGACCUUACCGAGUUCCGCUGAAAAUACCAGGGCUAGUGAUUAUGUGCUUGAUACCUUCAGGGUUUCUAGUACUGAUCAUAGUGUUUGCUACUAAGAUCGUCUACCUUAUUUGCGGUUUAAUGACCGUAGGAGCAAUCGGUUGGUACUUUUUGAUCAAUUACUUCAGGAAGAAGAAGAUCUUCGAAUUCAACGAAGUUAAUGAUGAUCUUGACUACAAUGUCAACGGAGAAGAACAUCCCAAAGUAGAUGAUCACGAAUCAUGAUAAGAGUUAAAACAGAGGAUCUUAUAUAUCAACUUGAGAUGGGUUUUUCAAUUAAAUGUAAGUUCUUGCUUUUGUAACAUUUUUAGUUUGAUAAAAGAGAAAUUGUAUUUUGAUCA